UUGGGUCGGGUACAUCUGUGACUGUUUGGGAGCUGGGUACUCCAAAGAGGGGUCUGCUGAGCAAGAAAGGAACAAAAUAGGACCAGCUCAAAAGGAAAUUAAAAUGCCCUCCAAUAAAGAUGAUGGCGGAUGGAAGAAGUUUGUAUGGAAUUCAGAGAAAGGAGAGCUGCUCGGUCGCACCGGUGGAAGUUGGUUCAAAAUUUUAUUAUUCUACGUGAUUUUCUAUGGCUGCCUGGCUGGAAUUUUCAUCGGCACCAUCCAAGCCCUGCUACUUACCCUGAGCAACUACAAACCCACCUGGCAGGAUAGAGUUGCCCCACCAGGCCUUACACACACCCCACGCUCAGACAAAGCAGAAGUGGCGUUCAACCUGAAUGAUGUGGAGACCUACUUGCCUUACACCAAGGCCCUGAGGGAUUUCUUGGCUAAGUAUGACGAUGACAACCAGAGGGACCAGAUGAAGUAUGAGGAUUGUGGAGAUGAGCCUGCAGAAUACAAAAACAGGGGUGACUUGGAGAGUGAUGUAGGCAUUCGAAAGGCCUGCCGUUUCUCCAGGAGUCUACUGGGACCUUGCUCUGGCAUUGAGGAUAACGAGUUCGGGUUCAGGAAUGGCAAGCCUUGCUUAAUUGUUAAGCUUAACAGGAUUGUCAACUUCCGGCCAAGGCCCCCUACCUCUAAUGGGAGUAUCCCUGAAGAGGCUCAGCCCAAGGUGCAGCCCAAUGUUAUCCCCAUAUACUGCACCAACAAGAGAGAGGAGGAUGCUGGGAAAAUUGGGGAAAUCAAGUACUAUGGAAUUGGCGGCGGUUUUCCACUCCAGUAUUAUCCCUACUACGGCAAGCUGCUGCACCCACAGUACCUGCAGCCACUGGUGGCUCUACACUUUACCAAUCUCACCAUGAACACUGAACUGCGCAUCGAGUGCAAAGUGUUUGGAGACAACAUUGACUACAGUGAGAAGGAUCGCUACCAAGGACGCUUUGACAUCAAGAUUACUAUUUCCAGUUUAUGACCGGAAUCAGGACAAUAGCACUUUCUCUGACCACCCCUCUCUCCACCUUGGCCCCUUUAACUUGAACACAAUUUCAAGACAUAUAGUAAUAUAAUCUAGAAGGCAGAAAUGAGGGGUGGUAGUGGGGGGGGCAUACAUUAGCAGUUAUGUUUAAUCACAUCUAGUCUUGAAUCAAUUCUAAACCUCAUAUGAGACUUGAUUAAAAUCUGUCUGCUUUUAACACUAGCUUCUCUGCUUUUGUCUAGCAUUAGAAUGUAAUUUACAGGGAGAGUAGCAAUAGCCUAAUAAAACUAUUUAUUCUACUGUAAAUGAAAAUAUUCCACUAGUAAUGGGUAAAUUGUAAUUCCAUCACUAAUGUGUAGCAAGUAGUGUGCUUGUUCCCUCCGUGUAUUGCUGCCUUGUGUGGUUUCGAUAUAAGUUUUUGGAGUGUACAGUGCAGUAGUGGCAUAUUUCGAUCUUUUCAAACCGUGUCAUAACCUGUUUUCUUAUGUGAGCAAUCUUUAGCAGUCCAAAGUGUGUGAGUGUGUGUGAUUCAAACUAUUUUGAUGCGGUACCCUUGGAUCUCUUCUGAUCUGUGUGAGUAAAAGGCUGCACUCCAGGGAACUUUUUUUUUUCCUCCUUUUUGUGUCCUCUACAUCUGAUCAUGGGAAAAUUUUUACUUAUUUUUUCCACUUUUCUUUUGAAGUCAUUUAAAUGGUGGAUAGGGUUUUAUUUCACUUGGGUCAUGCUCAUACUUAUAAUUGAAUGUAGAGUGAAGUGAAUUGAAUGUAGAUUUGUGUCCAGCCUGUUAGACACCCUAGCCCACUUUAAGAGCAGUGGUGCUAAUUCAACUUUGAAGAAACGAUUGUCAUUUUUAGCUUGAUACAUCACAGUAUUGUGGUAUAACUUUCUGAUGAAUGUUUUCAGACAUCUAACAUGGGAGAAUUUUAUAUUUAUGCAGUUGUACAUUUUUUUCCUGAAAAGUGUAAUGUAUAAAUACAAUACCAAAGUGACUAGCUGAAGAGAAUCUUUGUCAGAAGCAAUGCAGUACCCUGUCUUUUUAGGAUCUCAAUUGUGACAGUUGCGCUUAAGUGUGACAAUUGUGCUCAAUUGCAACAGUUGAGCUUAAGUAAAUGUCUAACAUCAUAAUUUAAUCAGUAAGAGACAAGCCAAAAUAAAAUUAAGAAAAUAAACCUGUCACUUUAUUUCUGUUUUGGCCAUGAAUGUACUUGAAGUGUUGCAGAAUUAACAAGUAAAUUAGGGACUAAUUCCAUAAUGCCAUAGUGAUUAUUUCCAUAAUGGAAAUCCACCUGAUAUUUAUGCAUUACAUUUAAAAACAGAUUGUGUAGUUUUAAAUUAUCUGAAUAUUCAAGUUAAUGUCUAUAGCAGCAGUCAGCGUAACAUGAAUUCAUCCACCUUUGUCAUUUAAUCAGGGAAAGAGACAAAUAAAAUCAUAAUAGACCCUU